AUGUCCAGCUUCAUUACAGAGACCAGUGUAGCCUCUCUUGAGUCUCUCCAGUACCACAGGCCUAAAUCCAGUCCAGACUCCCUCCAGAACCAUGGGGAUGAGGCCAGUCCAGACUCCCUCCAGAACCAUGGGGAUGAGGCCAGUCCAGACUCCCUCCAGAACCAUGGGGAUGAGGCCAGUCCAGACUCCCUCCAGAACCAUGGGGAUGAGGCCAGUCCAGACUCCCUCCAGAACCAUGGGGAUGAGGCCAGUCCAGACUCCCUCCAGAACCAUGGGGAUGAGGCCAGUCCAGACUCCCUCCAGAACCAUGGGGAUGAGGCCAGUCCAGACGCCCUCCAGAACCAUGGGGAUGAGGCCAGUCCAGACUCCCUCCAGAACCAUGGGGAUGAGGCCAGUCUCGCCUCUCCAGACUCCCUGCACCAGCCAUACCUCUCAGCUGUCUCUGGGUUUCCCAGCAUGCCUUCCUGCAUCUCCGGCACCAGCCGCAGUCGACCUGAACCCUUGUACAGACAGAGCCCAGGUCAGUAUUUUAGUUUUGUUGAUUUAUUUAUUACCUUUAUUUUUCCUGCUAGAGGUACACUUUACAGUGGAAAGUAUUCAGACCCCUUCCCCUUUUCCAAAUUUUGUUACGUUACAGCCUUACUCUAAAAUUGAUUCAAAAAUUGAAUUGGAACGCUGACUGCGAGCCAGGCCUCACUAAUGCUCUUGUGGCUGAAUGGAAGCAAGUUCCCGCACCAAUUUUCCAACAUCUAGUGGGAAGCCUUCCCAGACGAGUGGAGGCUUUUAUAGCAGCAAAGGGGGGACCAACUCCAUAUUAAUGCCCAUCAUUUUGAAAUGAGAUGUUCGACGAGCAGGAGUCCACAUACUUUUGGUCAUGUAGUGUAUAUGGCUAAGAUGUAAUCAAUAGUGACUUUCAGGAAAGCGCCUCCAGUUUGUUUACCGAUGGCGACGUCUUUUGGAAGUCUUUUUUUGGUGCAGUCUGGACCGGCCUUGAUUUCAACGUCUGGUCCGGACCGGCCUAUGUUUGGCCCAAACAUAGACGUCUAUAAUUCCUUCAGAUUUCGUCCGGUCCAUAGAGAUCUAUGUUUCACAAGUUUUGACAGCACAGUACAAUAGAGCACAGCAGAGUUCAGUAACGUCAAGAAAAGUAAAGUAUAGUGUACUUAUUGUACAUUACUUUACUCUACUGUACUCUACUGAACUAAACUCUAAUGUACUCUACUGAACUAAACUAUAAUGUACUCUACUGAACUAAACUAUAAUGUACUCUACUGAACUAAACUGUACUGUACUCUACUGAAUUAAACUCUAAUGUACUCUACUGAACUAAACUAUAAUGUACUCUACUGAACUAAACUCUACUGUACUCUACUGAACUAAACUAUAAUGUACUCUACUGAACUAAAUUCUACUGUACUCUACUGAACUAAACUCUAAUGUACUCUACUGAAUUAAACUAAACUGUUCUGUACUGUGAUGUUGAAACUUGUGAAACUUGCCUAGACAUCUAUGAUUCCUUUAGAUUUGGAUCUGGUCUGCACCGACCAAAUUUGUACUUGUUUGGGGGCGGAGGUCCUUAGAAUAAUACCCAGCAUGCGUUUGGGGGCGGAGGUCCUUAGAAUAAUACCCAGCAUGCGUUUGGGGGCGGAGGUCCUUAGAAUAAUACCCAGCAUGCGUUUGGGGGCGGAGGUCCUUAGAAUAAUACCCAGCAUGCGUUUGGGGGCGGAGGUCCUUAGAAUAAUACCCAGCAUGCGUUUGCAAGUAUUUGUUUUUACAUCACAUUUAGGUCAUUCAGCAGAUGCUCUUAUCCAGAGCUACAGUGCCGUGAAAAAGUAUUUGCCCCCUUUCGGAUUUUCUAAAUGUUUUGCAUAUUUCUGAUACUGAACGUUAUCAGAUCUUCAACAAAAACCUAAUAUUAGAUAAAGGGAACCUGAGUUUACAAAUAACAAAAAAUAAUGGAUACUUAUUUUAUUUAAUUAACAAAGUUAUGCAACACCCAAUUGGCCUGUGUGAAAAACAUGGGUCCCAUUGUGCCUGGCGAAAACCAAACACUGCAUUCCACAGUAAGAACCUUAUACCAACGGUCAAGUAUGGUGGUGGUGGUGUGAUGGUUUGGGGAUGCUUUGCUGCCUCAGGACCUGGACGACUUGCCUUAAUAAAACUGUUUUAAAUAUUUUGAAAAAACUAACAUAAGUGCAUGUGAGAGAUGUGAGCAAUGGGCUAAUACAUAAUCUGUUGCAAUCUUUGGUUUGGCUCAUCUUUGAUAAAUGAAGAGGCUUGAAAAAAAAUGUUAUUGUGAUAUAAUGCUUACUUCUUUGAGAAUGUUUUUCUAUGUCCGGGAAAAUAUGUAUUUUCAAUGUCAGUACAGAAAAGCCGUCUGUUCACAUUUAAUUCAGCACCUGAAAUGCACCUGAUUUCAACGUCUGGAAAAUACAUUUUGUCUCAACUACCCCUGGAUCAUUGAACUUGCACUGAAUUCACCUUGUCUCUGAAAUGAUGAAACUAUUCCUACAGUGAGGGAAAAAAGUAUUUGAUCCCCUGCUGAUUUUGUACGUUUGCCCACUGACAAAGAAAUGAUUAGUCUAUAAUUUUAAUGGUAGGUUUAUUUGAACAGUGAGAGACAGAAUAACAACAACAAAAUCCAGAAAUACGCAUGUCAAAAAUGUUAUAAAUUGAUUUGCAUUUUAAUGAGGGAAAUAAGUAUUUGACCCCUCUGCAAAAUAUAACUUAGUACUUGGUGGCAAAACCUUUGUUGGCAAUCACAGAGGUCAGACAUUUCUUGUAGUUGGCCACCAGGUUUGCACACAUCUCAGGAGGGAUUUUGUCCCACUCCUCUUUGCAGAUCUUCUCCAAGUCAUUAAGGUUUCGAGGCUGACGUUUGGCAACUCGAACCUUCAGCUCCCUCCACAGAUUUUCUAUGGGAUUAAGGUCUGGAGACUGGCUAGGCCACUCCAGGACCUUAAUGUGCUUCUUCUUGAGCCACUCCUUUGUUGCCUUGGCCGUGUGUUUUGGGUCAUUGUCAUGCUGGAAUACCCAUCCACGACCCAUUUUCAAUGCCCUGGCUGAAGGAAGGAGGUUCUCACCCAAGAUUUGAUGGUACAUAGCCCCGUCCAUCGUCCCUUUGAUGCGUUGAAGUUGUCCUGUCCCCUUAGCAGAAAAACACCCCCAAAGCAUAAUGUUUCCACCUCCAUGUUUGACGGUGGGGAUGGUGUUCUUGGGGUCAUAGGCAGCAUUCCUCCUCCUCCAAACACGGCGAGUUGAGUUGAUGCCAAAGAGCUCGAUUUUGGUCUCAUCUGACCACAACACUUUCACCCAGUACUCCUCUGAAUCAUUCAGAUGUUCAUUGGCAAACUUCAGACGGGCAUGUAUAUGUGCUUUCUUGAGCAGGGGGACCUUGCGGGCGCUGCAGGAUUUCAGUCCUUCACGGCGUAGUGUGUUACCAAUUGUUUUCUUGGUGACUAUGGUCCCAGCUGCCUUGAGAUCAUUGACAAGAUCCUCCUGUGUAGUUCUGGGCUGAUUCCUCACCGUUCUCGUCAUCAUUGCAACUCCACGAGGUGAGAUCUUGCAUGGAGCCCCAGGCCGAGGGAGAUUGACAGUUAUUUUGUGUUUCUUCCAUUUGUGAAUAAUCGCACCAACUGUUGUCACCUUCUCACCAAGCUGCUUGGCAAUGGUCUUAUAGCCCAUUCCAGCCUUGUGUAGGUCUACAAUCUUGUCCCUGACAUCCUUGGAGAGCUCUUUGGUCUUGGCCAUGGUGGAGAGUUUGGAAUCUGAUUGAUUGAUUGCUUCUGUGGACAGGUGUCUUUUAUACAGGUAACAAACUGAGAUUAGGAGCACUCCCUUUAAGAGUGUGCUCCUAAUCUCAGCUCGUUACCUGUAUAAAAGACACCUGGGAGCCAGAAAUCUUUCUGAUUGAGAAGGGGUCAAAUACUUAUUUCCCUCAUUAAAAUGCAAAUCAAUUUAUAACAUUUUUGACAUGCGUCUUUUCUGGAUUUUUUUGUUGUUAUUCUGUAUCUCACUGUUCAAAUAAACCUACCAUUAAAAUUAUAGACUGAUCAUUUCUUUGUCAGUGGGCAAACGUACAAAAUCAGCAGGGGAUCAAAUACUUUUUUCCCCUCACUGUAAAUUAGCCUUACACCAGCUACUCAGAGACUAACAGUUCCUCCCUUUUUGUGUUGUGUUCCAGUUCACCAGGUGCACUCGUCAUCCUCCCACGUCAACAGUAGUGUCCAGUGGUUGGAGCAGGGGGCUUCUGGGGGCCAGCCUCUCAACUCCUCCUCCUGCUCCUUCACCACCACCAAGUCCCCUCUACACCCCCACACCUCCUCCUCCUUCUCCUCUCUGACCAUCCCCAGGACCGGGCACCACACCCCUGGGCACGACUGUCAGGACAGUCCCAGGCUCCAGGAGAGGCUGAGUCCCAGUGAUGACGGAUGUAGCAGUAGUUUUCUCACCCUCAUCUCUGCACCAGGGGAUGGGUACCCACACUCUGCCCAGGCCUACGGUCACUCCUUGGGCUUCUACAGCAACCCCUGGGGGUCAGGACAGGACUACAGCUCAGCCUCUCUCUACUCCUCCCCUGGGGCUGUCAUCUACCCUUCCUCCUACUGCUAUUCCCCCAAACUACUCAACUACAAGAUCAACCUCUCUCCUCCAGGUGAGAUGACAACAAGUUCAAACAUGGUUACAUUUCAUUUCAAAUUUCGGUAGUGUUCUAGGAAUGUUCUCCAACUGAUUCGACAUUGGGAAUGUUCUCAAAUAGUUCAGAGAACGUUGAGAAACAGUUGGUAGAGCAACGCCAGGGUUGUGGGUUCUCAUCAUUUUCAGAAAUCGCUGAUCUUCACUCCUCCAAAUCCCCCAAUUCUCUUCCAUCAUUACAAAAACAGCUUUCUCUGCUUCUGUCAUCAUUUCUCCUAUUUGCUUCUGCUCAUAGCCUUCAGAAACCAACAAGGUCACAUGUGGCACACUCUUCUCAAUCUCCAAUUCUUUAUCCAUGAGCUGAGUUGAACUUUCUUUAGUUGAUGACUCAACCAUUCCUCUGAGUUCAAUUCGGCAGCAUUCUUGAAAUACUGGAGCUGAAUUGAAAUGGAUAUUCCAGAAGCCUCGCAUCUGGCAUAUUUUCCCCCUUACAUUUCUUCCAUAUCUUAGCCUGCUUCAAAAAAUCUUCACUGAGAUUUCCAAUCCAGAAUACUAUAGACUAAUCCCUCUCUGUCAUCAUCAACAAUUGGUAAACCUUUUCCUUUGGCACUUCUACCAGACAGCCGUCUGGUGUACAUCUUAUUGGUACAGUUCAACUUCCACAAUGCAUCUCUUCCCAACAACGCAAUAGGUGUAUGUUCUGAUACCAGUAUGGGUAUUGUAAUUUUCUCAUUUUCAUAGCAGAGCUCAAUUGGUUCCUUAAGAGUAAUCAACUGUUUUACUCCCUCAAAUCCCUAUUCUAAUUAGUUGAUUUGACAUAGUGAGAUGUGUAACCUCUUCAGGCUGAACACAGAUAAAAGCAGUUCCUCUUUCCACCAUCACUUCCAAUGGUCCGUGGUUUAUUUCCACCUCAAUUGUUGGAUCUUUUUCCCCUAACUGGUGCUACCAGCUGACACCUCCCUUUCGGAUCUUCUAGGCACCCCUAGAAUCCUUGCUCCUUGCCCCUAUAAGGGUUCACCUGUCCUCCAGAUGAUCUUCACUUGCUCCUGUAUCUUCCUCUGAAAUUCCCUAUUGUGUUUCCUUCUGGCCCAUUACACUCACAGGCAAAGUCACCAACCUGUCCACAAUCAUAACACACUUCUGAAGAUUGCUGGAAGUAUGACUUAAAUCUUCCUCCUCUUCCUAAGCCUUCUCAUCCUCUUCCUCUCCAAUUCUGUGCCUGUCCAGAAACUGGCUAUGGAUAUGAAACAACUGGUACCGCUAUUGGUGGCUGGUACAAUUGCAUUUGAUCUGGUUCAGUUGAAGCUGUGGCAGUGAUUGUUGAUCCCAAUUCUUGGGAUCCUUUUCUCAGCAGUUUUUUCUUCUCUUCUGUAUCUUCAGCUUCUUGAGUUGUUCUUCCAGUUCUCUUACUUCUUCUAAAUUAUUCCCCUUAUCCAGGCAUGAUACGCAUCGGUCUAUAUCUCUUUCUAUUUAUUCUGUGCUAAUCAUUGUAGGAUAAAAUCCUCCUUAACAUAAAGCACCCUUAAUCUCCAAAUCUUCAUCGCUUUCUCCAUCUUCACUUUCAUCAGAGAUCGAAUCUCUAGUAUCCUUCUUCUUCCUUCAACUUCCAUCACCCCUUCUUUCCUCUCUUGCCAACUUCCUUCUGAUCACAGAGUCAUAUCCACCCAUGAUCUCCCUUCAAUCACUCUGAUCAUCAUCAUCAUCAUCAUCAUCUUCAAGUUCCAUCUUCCUGAACCUCACUCCACCCUUAGUUUCCAGACAUCUAGUUUUCUUCCUACUUUUGGAGUUUGGAUUAAUCUUUAUGGUCGUUUCUGCUUUUCCUCUCUCUAUUAUUCAAUCACUUUCAUCAUGUUGAUGACGUCAGGGUUAAGAGUCCCUUCCACUAGCCAUGGUUGUUCAAUGUCACCCCAACGUUUAUUCCCUUUUCCAGAUAACCUUGCAAUACCAUUCACUAAAGGAUUACCAUUUUCUACUACAUCAACAGGAGUAAUUACUUUCAUAGUUUUUAUGUCCUUUUUCCCCCUUGUAGCAACUCUUUUAUAUUCCUUUAUUGUGAAUUAUUUUAUUAUUUUAGACUAUGUAGCUUAUGAUUCCCUCUUUUAUUUUAUUUUUUAUUAAUUAAUUCAUCAAUUAAUUAAUCAAUUAACUUAUUUAUUCAUUUUAUUUUAUUUUAUUUUACCGAAUUAUUGAUUAGUGGCAAUCUUACCACAUCCGAUCAGGAAAAGUAAAUGAAAGUAGUCAACUUCCGAGCAAUCCAAAAAAGAAAGACCUGUAAUCCAGCAACACUACAGCACUCACAAACCAAUUGCUUAAUAAGCACCCAAUUACCUUAAUUUUACAGAAUAAUGUCAGUGCUCAAUUUCCCCACUCAACUCUAAUCAAAACCACUCAUGCACAAAAACUCAAAAAUGCAAUUCUUAAUUACAUCAAUUGAUCAGUCUGUUGCCAAGUCCUUGUCAAAUUGUCAUAACAUCAAAUAUGCUAGGCACCCAAAAUAUCCUCUAUGGGAAGGUAAGUUUUGUGAAUAGAACAGUACUAGCAUUGAUUUGACUUGAUCCGUUGCAGCACACUCUGUCGCAUGACGCACUCGUCAGCACUUCCUCUCUCUCUCUGUCUCCUCCUUCUUAUCGUCUCUCAUAUCACAGAAGAACAAAGAAACAGACAAUAAUUUAGUAUUUUAUGCACUCACUGGGUUAUUUCAACCAUUCAAUACCCCUCUGUUCACAUUCGCUCUAAGAAAUAAGCAAACAACUUAACUCAGGAAUAGUAUAAAUAGUUCAAUAACCAUUUUUUAUUUUUUUAUUUUUUUAUCCGUCAACAUAUCUCUCAUUUAUCAAUUCAAUAGAUCUCAAUCAAAUAGUUUCAUCGUUAAGCAACAGCCGAUUUAACAAACAGAACACUCCAUCAUUCGUAUCUAAAUCUCCCCCUCCCUCUCUGUCUGCUCUGAGUCUGCGUCUCCCAGCAGCCCAGUGCAGGCAGGGGAGUGGCACAUUUUCUCUACAUAACUCUAAACUCAUAAAAUCCCACGCAUGCGUAGUUCAUUCACCAGUGCGAUUUCAUAGUGGAAGGAGCUCUCCCAAGCAGCUCUCUCCCAGCCUAAACAACAGAAAGUAGACAGACCAGCUGUCGCUCCGUUCUUUCCCCCCAUAGACAAACAGUAACACUUAACACAACUCACAAACCAACACAAAACAUAGAACACAAAUCCUACUCUCUUCCACACACACACACACACACACAUACAGUUUAAGAGGCUUAUUUCCGUUCCUACGGACCUCUAAGCAUGCUACUACCAUCGCGCCAUUUUUUCCUUUGUUCCUAAAUUUCUGCUACCUUGAGUUCGCGGAAAUUCAAUGAGCGGUUACAUCAAACAUAUACUUCGUCAACUAUAAGUCGAGCGAUAACUUGCAACCGAAUGUAUAUACCACAACCCCAGUCCCCAGACCCACCUAAUGCGCUUUUAGGAUUUUCGGCCCAUCCUAAUGAUCGCCUCGUUGGAGGGCUUAACAUAGAUCCGCGAUGUUCUAAUUUGUAUACAUUUUUCCUUAGUUCCUGGCCUUUCCUUCAUUGUAUUCUUUUUGAAUUUUAUUCAAGCAAAAAUAUCCCUAUAGACACUCCCCCCUGUUUGCGUUGUUUACCAGCGCAAACAAAUGUAGAAAUUUAGAACGGACUCUUAUCCCACAGCAAAUAACAGCAAAGCACACACGCAAGUUCUUAACGGUGCAUUCAUUCAACGCACACACACACAGACACACGAACUAACCAGUGCCCAAAAGUAGUGAGAAAACUCACCCUUAUCUGCCGGACUCUGGAGCGAGAGUCAGCUCGGCGCCCAUGAAUGGAACGCUGAGAAAAGACGCAACACGACCAAUACCUCGUCGCCAUUAUGUAGUGUCGAGAAAACGAUGCUAAUUAUGCUGUGAGAACAAGGAAAUCCGCUGACACUGUCCUCGAUUAUAAUUAUUUAUUACAUUUGAAGAUCUCAGCGCCAAUUUACAGAUAUCUGCAGACAUCUGGAGAAUAACCUGACCCAAACUCUAAAUAUGUUAUUCUCCCCGUCCUUUGUUUUAACUGUGGUAUUUAUAUCCUAUGCCCUAUGUAACAUAAUAUGGGUGUUUUCCCCUACAGACCAAUCCCAGGACUCCACCUAACAGACUUCCUCUGCUUUAGGGUGCCCCUAUAGAACUACUCCCCAGAUGCUCCCUUAAGCUGAGUCAACAUCCUCUAAGACUAUUUGCAACCAUUAGCAAAGUCAUAAAUUGUCCAGAUACCACACAAACAGAAUGCAUGUUUUGGAAAAAUGUGUAUUCUGUACAGGCUUCCUUCUUUUCACUAUGUCAAUUAGGUUAGUAUUGUGGAGUAACUACAAUGUUGAUCCAUCCCUCAAUUCUCUCCCAUCACAGCCAUUAAACUCUGUAAUUAAUAUUGGCCUCACAACGAAAUCCCUGAGCUGUUUCCUUCCUCUCCGGAAACUGAGCUAGGAAGGACGCCUGUAUCUUUGUAGUGACUGGGUGUAUUGAUACACCAUCCAAAGGGUAAUUAAUAACUUCACCAUGCUCAAAGGGAUAUUUAAUGUCUUUUUUUCUUUUCUUUAAAAAAAAUCUACCAAUAUGUGUCCUUUGUGAAGUAUUGGAAAACCUCCCUGGUCUUUGUGGUUAAAUCUGUGUUUGAAAUUCACUAGUCGACUGAGGGACAAGUUAUUGUAUCGGGUACAGAGAUGAGGUAGUCAUUUAAAAAUCAUGUUAAAUACUAUUUUUUUUGCACACAAAGCCCAUGCAAUUUAUUAUGUGACUUGUUAAGCAAAUGUUUACUCCUGAACUUAUUUAGGCUUGCCAUAAUAAAGGGGUGGAAUAAUUAUUCACUCAAAACAUUUCAGCUUUUCAUUUUUAAUUAAUUUGGAAACAUUUGGAAAAAUACAAUUCCACUUUGACAUUAUGGGAUAUUGUGUGUAGGUCAUUGACCAAAAAAUCUAAAUUUAAUCCAUUUAAAAUUCAGGCUGUAACACAACAAAUGUGGAAUAAGUCAAGGGGUAUGAAUACUUUCUGAACGCACUGUACGUCCUGAGACUAAACCACACAAUGUAUAGACGACAGCAGGGUGCACAUGCAAAAACUAGGCUUCCGAUUAUUUUAUGUCAAACAAAUUACAGUGCUUUCGGGAAAUUAUUCAGACCCCUUUACUUUUUUCAUAUUUUGUUAGGUUACGGCCUUAUUCUAAAAUUUAUUAAAUUGAUUUUUCCCCCUCAUCAAUCUACACACAAUACCCCAUCAUGAAAAAGCAAAAACAGCUUUUUAGAAAUUUCUGCACAUUUGUAUAUUUUUUCUUCUGAAAUAUCACAUUUACAUAAGUAUUCAGACCCUUUACUCAGUACUUUGUUGAAGCACCUUUGGCAGCGAUUACAGCCUCGAGUCUUCUUGGGAAUGAUGCUACAAGCUUGGCACACCUGUAUUUGGGGAGUUUCUCCCAUUCUUCUCUGAAUAUCCUCUCAAGCUCUGUCAGGUUGGAUGGGAGCAUCGCUGCACAGCUAUUUUCAGGUCUCUCCAGAGAUGUUCGAUCGGGUUCAAGUCCGGGCUCUGGCUGGGCCACUCAAGGACAUUCAGAGACUUGUCCCAAAGCCACUCCUGUGUUGUCUUAGCUGUGUGCUUAGGGUCGUUGUCCUGUUGGAAGGUGAACCUUCGCCCCAGUCUGAGGUCCUGAGUGAUCUGGAGCAGGUUUUCAUCAAGGAUCUCUCUGUACUUUGCUCCGUUCAUCUUUCCCUCGAUACUGACUAAUCUCCCAGUCCCAGCCGCUGAAAACAUCCCCACAGCAUGAAACUGCCACCACCAUGCUUCACCGUAGGGAUGGCGCCAGGUUUUCUCCAGACGUGACGCUUGGCAUUUAUGCCAAAGAGUUCAAUCUCACUUUCAUCAAACAAGAGAGUCUUGUUUCUCAUGGUCUGAGAGUCCUUUAGGUGCCUUUUGGCAAACUCCAAGCAGGCUGUCAUGUGCCUUUUACUGAGGAGUGGCUUCCGUCUGGCCUGAUUGGUGGAGUGCUGUAGAGAUGGUUGUCCUUCUGGAAGGUUCUCCCAUCUUCACAGAGGAACUCCGGAGCUCUGUCAGAGUGACCAUCGGGUUGUUGGUCACCUCCCUGACCAAAGCCCUUCUCCCCCGAUUGCUUCUUUCAUUCAAGAAUGAUGGAGGCCACUGUGUUUUUGUUUUUGGGGACCUUCAAUGCUGCAGAAAUGUUUUGGUACCCUUCCCCAGAGCUGUGUCUCGACACAAUCCUGUCUCGGAGCUCUACGGGCAAUUCCUUCAACCUUAUGGCUUGGUUUUUGCUCAGAAAUGCACUGUCAACUGUGGGACCUUAUAUAGACAGGUGUGUGCCUUUCCAAAUCAUGUCCAAUCAAUUGAAUUUUCUACAGGUGGACACCAAUCAAGUUGUAGAAACAUCUCAAGGAUGAUCAAUAGAAACAGGAUGCACCUAAGCUCAAUUUCAAGUCUCAUAGCAAAGGGUCUGAAUACUUAUGUAAAUAAGGUAUUUCUGUUUUUUAUUUCUAAUUACUUUGCCAAAAAAAAAAACCGGUUUUUGCAUUGUCAUUAUGGGUUACUGUGUGUAGAUUGUUGAGUAAAAAAAUAAAUGUAAUCCAUUUUAGAACAAGGCUGUAACGUAACAAAAUGUGGAGAAAGUAAAGGGGAUAGAAUACUUUCUGAAAGCGCUGUAUGUAAAGCUGACGGGUGCUCUCCCUGUCCCUGUCCCUGUCCCUGUCCCUGUCCCUCUCCCUCUCCCUCUCCCUGUCCCUCUCCUUGUCCCUGUCCCUGUCCCUCUCCCUGUCCCUGUCCCUCUCCCUGUCCCUGUCCCUCCUCCUUGUCCCUGUCCCUCUCCUUGUCCCUGUCCCUGUCCCUCUCCCUGUCCCUCUCCUUGUCCUGUCCCUGUCCCUGUUCCCUCUCCCUCUCCCUCUCCUCUCCCUGUCCCUCUCCUUGUCCUGUCCCUGUCCCCCCCUCCCGUCCCUGUCCCUGUCCCUCUCCCUGUCCCUGUCCCUCUCCCUGUCCCUGUCCCUCUCCCUCUCCCGUCCCUCUCCCUGUCCCUGUCCCCUCCCUUCCCUUCCCUCUCCCUGUCCCUGUCCCUCUCCCUGUCCCUCUCCCUCUCCCUCUCCCUGUCCCGUCCCUCCCCUCUCCCUGUCCCUGUCCCUUCCCUGUCCCCGUCCUCUCCCUGCCCUUCCCUGUCCCUGUCCCUCUCCCUGUCCCUGUCCCUUCCCUUCCCUGUCCCUCUCCCUCUCCCUGUCCCUCUCCUGUCCCUGUCCCUCUCCCUGUCCCUCUUCCCUUCCCUGUCCCUGUCCCUGUCCCCUCUCCCUUCCCUCUCCCGCUCCCUGUCCCCCCGCCCUGUCCCCUCUCCCUGCCUUUUGUCCCUGUCCCUCCUGUCCCUGUCCCUCUCCCCUGUCCCUGUCCCUCUCCCUGUCCCUGUCCCUGUCCCUGUCCCUCUUUCCCUGUCCCUGUCCCUGUCCCUUCCCUGUCUUCCCUGUCCCUCCCUGUCCCUCUCCCUGUCCCUCUCCCUGCUCCCUGUCCCUCCCCCCUGUCCCUUCCCUCCCUGUCCCUCUCCCUGGUCCCUCUCCCUCUCCCUGUCCCUCUCCCUCUCCCUCUCCCUGUCCCUCUCCCUGUCCCUGUCCCUCUCCCUGUCCCUCUCCCUGUCCCUCUCCCUGUCCCUCUCCCUGUCCCUCUCCCUGUCCCUCUCCCUGUCCCUCUCCCUGUCCCUCUCCCUGUCCCUCCCUCCCUGUCCCUCUCCCUCCCCUGUCCCUCUCCCUGUCCCUCUCCCUCUCCCUCUCCCUCUCCCUGUCCCUCUCCCUGUCCCUGUCCCUCUCCCUGUCCCUGUCCCUGUCCCUCUCCCUGUCCCUGUCCCUGUCCCUGUCCCUGUCCCUGUCUCUCUCCCUCUCCCUGUCCCUGUCCCAGUCCCAGAGGCCCGUGAGUGUGUGAACUGUGGUGCGACCGCCACCCCUCUGUGGCGUCGUGACGGGACAGGACACUACCUCUGUAACACCUGUGGCCUCUACCACAAGACGAACAGCCAGAACAGACCCCUCAUCAGACCCAAAAAGAGACCGGUAUGUUAAUGAUUAUUUAGACUGACUGGUAUGUUAUUUAUUAUUUAGACUGACUGGUGCAGUGGGGGAAAAAAGUAUUUAGUCAGCCACCAAUUGUGCAAGUUCUCCCACUUAAAAAUAUGAGAUAGGCCUGUAAUUUUCAUCAUAGGUACACGUCAACUAUGACAGACAAAAUGAGAAAAAGAAUUCCAGAUUAUCACAUUGUAGGAUUUUUAAUGAAUUUUUUUGCAAAUUAUGGUGGAAAAUAAGUAUUUGGUCAAUAACUAAAGUUUCUCAAUACUUUGUUAUAUACCCUUUGUUGGCAAUGACACAGGUCAAACGUUUUCUGUAAGUCUUCACAAGGUUUUCACACACUGUUGCUGGUAUUUUGGCCCAUUCCUCCAUGCAGAUCUCCUCUAGAGCAGUGAUGUUUUGGGGCUGUCGCUGGGCAACACAGACUUUCAACACCCUCCAAAGAUUUUUUAUGGGGUUGAGAUCUGGAGACUGGCUAGGCCACUCCAGGACCUUGAAAUGCUUCUUACGAAGCCACUCCUUCGUUGCCCGGGCGGUGUGUUUGGGAUCAUUGUCAUGCUGAAAGACCCAGCCACGUUUCAUCUUCAAUGCCCUUGCUGAUGGAAGGAGGUUUUCACUCAAAAUCUCACGAUAUAUGGCCCCAUUCAUUCUUUCCUUUACACGGAUCAGUCGUCCUGGUCCCUUUGCAGAAAAACAGCCCCAAAGCAUGAUGUUUCCACCCCCAUGCUUCACAGUAGGUAUGGUGUUCUUUGGAUGCAACUCAGCAUUCUUUGUCCUCCAAACACGACGAGUUGAGUUUUUAACCAAAAAGUUAUAUUUUGGUUUCAUCUGACCAUAUGACAUUCUCCCAAUCCUCUUCUGGAUCAUCCAAAUGCACUCUAGCAAACUUCAGACGGGCCUGGACAUGUACUGGCUUAAGCAGGGGGACACGUCUGGCACUGCAGGAUUUGAGUCCCUGGCGGCGUAGUGUGUUACUGAUGGUAGGCUUUGUUACUUUGGUCCCAGCUCUCUGCAGGUCAUUCACUAGGUCCCCCUGUGUGGUUCUGGGAUUUUUGCUCACCGUUCUUGUGAUCAUUUUGACCCCACGGGGUGAGAUCUUGCAUGGAGCCCCAGAUCGAGGGAGAUUAUCAGUGGUCUUGUAUGUCUUCCAUUUCCUAAUAAUUGCUCCCACAGUUAAUUUCUUCAAACCAAGCUGCUUACCUAUUGCAGAUUCAGUCUUCCCAGCCUGGUGCAGGUCUACAAUUUUGUUUCUGGUGUCCUUUGACAGCUCUUUGGUCUUGGCCAUAGUGGAGUUUGGAGUGUGACUGUUUGAGGUUGUGGACAGGUGUCUUUUAUACUGAUAACAAGUUCAAACAGGUGCCAUUAAUACAGGUAACGAGUGGAGGACAGAGGAGCCUCUUAAAGAAGAAGUUACAGGUCUGUGAGAGCCAGAAAUCUUGCUUGUUUGUAGGUGACCAAAUACUUAUUUUCCACCAUAAUUUGCAAAUAAAUUCAUUAAAAAUCCUACAAUGUGAUUUUCUGGAUUAUUUUUUCUCAAUUUGUCUGUCAUAGUUGACGUGUACCUAUGAUGAAAAUUACAGGCCUCUCAUCUUUUUAAGUGGGAGAACUUGCACAAUUGGUGGCUGACUAAAUACUUUUUUCCCCCACUGUAUGUUAUUGAUUAUUUAGACUGACUGGUAUGUUAUUGAUUAUUCUGACUGGUAUGUUAUUUAUUAUAUAUAUUUACAGUCAUGCUGUGAAUUUCCUUCUUAGACUUCUCAUAUUUAUUUCUCCAAGACAAUACAUCUUUCCUCCUCUCCUCUCCUCUCCUCUCCUCUCCUCUCCUCUCCUCUCCUCUCCUCUCCUCUCCUCUCCUCUCCUCUCCUCUCCUCUCCUCUCCUCUCCUCUCCUCUCCUCUCCUCUCCUCUCCUCUCCUCUCCUCUCCUCUCCUCUCCUCUCCUCUCCUCUCCUCUCCUCUCCUCUCCUCUCCUCUCCUCUCCUCUCCUCUCCUCUCCUCUCCCCUGUCCUACCACUAUCUACCACAGUGUAUUCGCUGCUCCACCUGUGAUUUCUAAAGUUAAACACAUCUCUGUUGCUCUCCCCAUGCAGAUCGUCAGUAAGCGUGCAUGGACAAACUGUGCCAACUGCCACACCAGUACGACCACUCUGUGGAGACGCAGCGCCAGCGGAGAGCCAGUCUGUAACGCCUGUGGACUCUACUACAAACUACACAACGUAAGAACUACUCUCACUACUCAGCAUCACGGCUUCUCAUUCCAUUAGACUGCAUAACGGCUUCUCAUUCCAUUAGACUGCAUAACGGCUUCUCAUUCCAUUAGACUGCAUAACGGCUUCUCAUUCCAUUAGACUGCGUAACGGCUUCUCAUUCCAUUAGACUGCCUCACGGCUUCUCAUUCCAUUAGACUACAUAACGGCUUCUCAUUCCAUUAGACUGCCUCACGGCUUCUCAUUCCAUUAGACUGCAUAACGGCUUCUCAUUCCAUUAGACUGCAUAACGGCUUCUCAUUCCAUUAGACUGCAUAACGGCUUCUCAUUCCAUUAGACUGCAUAACGGCUUCUCAUUCCAUUAGACUGCAUAACGGCUUCUCAUUCCAUUAGACUGCAUAACGGCUUCUCAUUCCAUUAGACUGCCUCACGGCUUCUCAUUCCAUUAGACUGCCUCACGGCUUCUCAUUCCAUUAGACUGCAUAACGGCUUCUCAUUCCAUUAGACUGCAUAACGGCUUCUCAUUCCAUUAGACUGCGUAACGGCUUCUCAUUCCAUUAGACUGCGUAACGGCUUCUCAUUCCAUUAGACUGCAUAACGGCUUCUCAUUCCAUUAGACUGCAUAACGGCUUCUCAUUCCAUUAGACUGCCUCACGGCUUCUCAUUCCAUUAGACUGCAUAACGGCUUCUCAUUCCAUUAGACUGCAUAACGGCUUCUCAUUCCAUUAGACUGCGUAACGGCUUCUCAUUCCAUUAGACUGCAUAACGGCUUCUCAUUCCAUAGACUGCGUAACGGCUUCUCAUUCCAUUAGACUGCGUAACGGCUUCUCAUUCCAUUAGACUGCGUAACGGCUUCUCAUUCCAUUAGACUGCGUAACGGCUUCUCAUUCCAUUAGACUGCGUAACGGCUUCUCAUUCCAUUAGACUGCAUAACGGCUUCUCAUUCCAUUAGACUGCGUAACGGCUUCUCAUUCCAUUAGACUGCGUAACGGCUUCUCAUUCCAUUAGACUGCGUAACGGCUUCUCAUUCCAUUAGACUGCGUAACGGCUUCUCAUUCCAUUAGACUGCGUAACGGCUUCUCAUUCCAUUAGACUGCGUAACGGCUUCUCAUUCCAUUAGACUGCAGAACGGCUUCUCAUUCCAUUAGACUGCGUAACGGCUUCUCAUUCCAUUAGACUGCGUAACGGCUUCUCAUUCCAUUAGACUGCCUCACGGCUUCUCAUUCCAUUAGACUGCGUAACGGCUUCUCAUUCCAUUAGACUGCGUAAAUGCUUCUCAUUCCAUUAGACUGCGUAACGGCUUCUCAUUCCAUUAGACUGCAGAACGGCUUCUCAUUCCAUUAGACUGCCUCACGGCUUCUCAUUCCAUUAGACAGCGUAACGGCUUCUCAUUCCAUUAGACUGCGUAACGGCUUCUCAUUCCAUUAGACUGCAUAACGGCUUCUCAUUCCAUUAGACUGCCUCACGGCUUCUCAUUCCAUUAGACUGCGUAACGGCUUCUCAUUCCAUUAGACUGCCUCACGGCUUCUCAUUCCAUUAGACAGCCUCACGGCUUCUCAUUCCAUUAGACUGCAUAACGGCUUCUCAUUCCAUUAGACUGCAUAACGGCUUCUCAUUCCAUUAGACUGCGUAACGGCUUCUCAUUCCAUUAGACUGCAUAACGGCUUCUCAUUCCAUUAGACUGCGUAACGGCUUCUCAUUCCAUUAGACUGCGUAACGGCUUCUCAUUCCAUUAGACUGCGUAACGGCUUCUCAUUCCAUUAGACUGCGUAACGGCUUCUUCAUUCCAUUAGACUGCAUAACGGCUUCUCAUUCCAUUAGACUGCGUAACGGCUUCUCAUUCCAUUAGACUGCGUAACGGCUUCUCAUUCCAUUAGACUGCGUAACGGCUUCUCAUUCCAUUAGACUGCAUAACGGCUUCUCAUUCCAUUAGACUGCGUAACGGCUUCUCAUUCCAUUAGACUGCGUAACGGCUUCUCAUUCCAUUAGACUGCGUAACGGCUUCUCAUUCCAUUAGACUGCGUAACGGCUUCUCAUUCCAUUAGACUGCGUAACGGCUUCUCAUUCCAUUAGACUGCGUAACGGCUUCUCAUUCCAUUAGACUGCAUAACGGCUUCUCAUUCCAUUAGACUGCAGAACGGCUUCUCAUUCCAUUAGACUACAUAACAUUUACAUUUUAGUCAUUUAGCAGACGCUCUUACCCAGAGCGACUUACAGGAGCAAUUAGGGUUAAGUGCCUUGCUCAAGGGCACAUCGACAGAUUUUUCACCUAGUCGGCUCGGGGAUUAGAACCAGCGACCUUUCGGUUACUGCCACAACGCUCUUAACCACUAAGCUACCUGCCACCGGCUUCUCAUUCCGUUAGACUACAUAACAGCCAUUGUGAGUCCGUUGAAUAAUAAUAAUUUGGUGGGUGAUUAUAUUUGUCCUAUUUCACAUAUGUACAAGUUUGUAUUGUACGCAUGUAUAAUCCCAACUUCCCCUGAGUCACUGCCAGGGUCAGCCAUUAUCAACAGCGACACUGGAGCAGUUAGGGUUAAGUGCCUUCUAACCGCCAGGUACCAGCCGCUCCGUAGAGAGACGCAGCAUAUUAUAACUUUAUAAUAAGACAUUAUCAAGGAUCAGACAUGCUUUAUAACAAGUCAUAAAGCAUAAUAUGCCUCCUGUAGCUCAGUUGGUAGAGCAUGGCGCUAAAAUGUAAAUGUAAAUAAUAGCUGCAUGCUGCAGGUAAAGUUACCAACAUGCCUACUGUUAAUAUCUAGUGCUACUAGCCUCUUUUUCUACAUGAAUCAAGACACAUACUUUCCUUUGUUCCUAUAAUGGAAUCCUCUUCAUUCACCCAGGGGAGUAUUCAUACUAAUGUCACUGUUCCUCUGUUCUCCUCUUCAGGUCAACAGACCUCUGACCAUGAAGAAGGAAAGCAUCCAGACACGGAACCGUAAGGUCUCCAUUAAGAACAACAGGGUUAAGCAGAAGACAGGUGUGUUAGAGGCUGAGCUGGGUCUCUACUCUGACUCCUCCCUGUCCAGACUCCAGCCCUCUGACUCCUCUCUGUCCAGACUCCAGCCCUCUGACCUCUCCCUGUCCAGACUCCAACCCUCUGACUCCUCCCUGUCCAGACUCCAGCCCUCUGACCUAUCCCUGUCCAGACUCCAGUCCUCUGACUCCUCUCUGUCCAGACUCCAACCCUCUGACCUCUCUCUGUCCAGACUCCAGCCCUCUGACCUCUCCCUGUCCAGACUCCAGCCCUCUGACCCCUCCCUGUCCAGACUCCAGUCCUCUGACCUCUCCCUGUCCAGACUCCAGCCCUCUGACGACCUUAUGAACCCUUACCUCCUG